AUCACAAUGACGCGUUGCAGUGGAGCCCGUCUCGCUACUGACUUUGCUUGGCCCCAACCAAAAGACUGAGACCGUGCUUGGGAGUUAGAAAAUAGGAUUCUUUUUUUGAAGAAGAGGAAAUAGGAUUCGCUGUCAAGACUCGAGGGAGAAAAGGAGUGCGGAAGGGGACCAGGAGCAGGCGUAGAUCGGCUGCCGCUGAUUCGCCCCCCCCGCCCCCAAGCGAGGCCUGACAUCCAAAUGGAUGGAGUUAAAAUAAAAACCACUUCUCUUUCAACUUUGUGAAGACCCCACCACCGGCUCCGCCAGCCCUUCUCCCUUCUCCCCAGCUACCCCUCACUUUCUUUUUCUCCUUCUCGUCUCCUCACCUUCCUCCGCAAGUCCCUUUCUUCUCUUCCAGGUCCACCAUUCCAAGUUGGAGUUUGAUUUGUGCCGUGUCUUUGUGGCCUUUUUUUCUCUAUGUUGAUAUAUAGAGAGAUUUGAAGAUUCUUUGCCGAGUUCUUGAUUUUUUUUUCCCCUGUUAUCUUCUUGGAGUUUUUUUUGCUAGAUUUUUUUUUGCUGGAUUUCAAGGCUUCUCUCGUCAUGGCGGUUUCUUUGAGAAAUGGAUUGUGUGUGCCUGGCUUGUUUGAGGUUGGGUUGGAGAGGAGUGAGAAAACUGUUGGAUCUUUAGAAGUUUUGGCUUGGAAGAACGAGUUUAAGGGAAGGCAGGUUGUGAUCAGACGACAGAGCGGUUGUGAUGGAUGGAGUCCCAAAGGCCACUCUAAUCCUCCCAUCCACGCUUCAACCUGUAUCUCACGAGCUAUGAGGUGGUGGGAGAAAAGCACCAACCCAAAUAUAACAGAGAUUAAAUCUGCACGACAACUUGUGGAUACUUUGCUAAAUGCUGGAGAUAAACUCGUUAUUGUUGACUUCUAUUCUCCUGGCUGUGGAGGUUGCAGAGCUCUGCAUCCUAAGAUGUGUCAGCUAGCAGAGUCAAACCCAAAUGCAUUAUUUCUUAAGGUCAAUUAUGAAGAACACAAAUCCAUGUGUCAGAGUCUUCAUAUUCAUGUGCUGCCUUUCUUUCGGUUCUAUAGAGGUGCUCAUGGUCAUGUUUGUAGCUUCAGCUGCACCACUGCAACUAUCAAGAAAUUCAAAGAUGCACUAGCGAAGUAUGGGACAGAUAGUUGCAGUCUGGGACCGGCGAAAGGCUUAGAGGAAUCUGAGCUAUUGAGUUUAGCUUCAAAUAGAGAUAUUGAUUUUAUCUAUCCAAUGAGACCCUCAAGAGCUGGAGAUUUAGCUCUCUCAGGCACCGUUUGUUGAAGCAAGGGCUCUUUAGUUGCGGAAGUUGAUGCACUGCUGUAUGCACUUGCAGUUGCAAGAGUGCCAUAGUAUGCAAAUCAUCAGUCUGAAACUAGCAUCUAGAUUCUUGCAUCUUGUUUGGAAGUGGUGUAUAAUUCUGUAAAAUGGAACAUGGUGGUUUUUUAUUAGAGCCCUGUGUGAAUAAAUCAUUAUUGGAUUUUGUUAGCUCGUGGAAUAUCUUAGUUUUGUUUAUCUAAGCUUGUUGAAGAUCCUUUUUUUAUUUUUGCAGUAUAAAAUCAUCUUAUUUUCAUGUAA